GUCAUUAUCACCGAAGCAGUAAGUUCUCAGGCGCGCAACAAUGGCUGCCACCGGCUCUUCCAAUACUUGACCGGUUCCCUCGGCCCCCAAAAUGCUCCUGGCGAAGCCGGGGUUGGUCUCUUCCCGUUUCCGGGAAAUUCGGACGCAGUGGUGCCGAAGGCGAAACGACGGCGCAUCGAUCUCGUCUUCCAUCCCUCAAUCUCCUCUCCGAUUCUUGGGACUUCCACAUCGGUCGCUUUUUCCCGCAGUUUUUGACUGAGAAUAAGGAGUUCACUGUGAUGGGUAUAAUCAGGCCAUCUGGAGUGGGCAAGUCCACAAUUAUGAAUGAGCUUUAUGGGUUUGAUGGAAGCUCACCAGGGAUGCUGCCUCCUUAUACUAUACUAUCAGAAGAUACUAGAGCCAUGGCAAGGCAUUGUACUUCAGGAAUAGAACCAAGGAUUUCUGCUGAACGGCUUAUACUUCUUGAUACCCAGCCUGUUUUAACUUCUUCCGUUUUAGCUGAGAUGAUGAGACCUGAUGGCUCAUCCACAGUCCCAGUCCUAGGUGGUGAAUCUUUAUCUGCUGAGUUGGCACAUGAACUUAUGAAUAUUCAGCUUGGUGUUCUACUAUCUUCCAUUUGUCACAUUCUACUGGUGAUGUCUGAGGGGAUCCAUGAUGAUAAUAUGUGGCGAUUGAUGUUGAAGGUUGAUUUAUUAAAGCAUGGCAUACCUGAUCCAUCUUCUUUAUCAGCUUCCCUUUCACAGAGCUGGAAUUUGGGUUCUGAAAAGGAGAAUAAAGAUAAAGCAAAUGAGGUUGAGGAGUAUUUGGCUACUCCAGUUUUUGUGUAUGCAAGUGGGUAAUCAAAUUCUUAACAGUACUAAAAAAUUGCUGCAUCUUUUUUCCAAGUAAACCAGAAUGACUGGCUCUCCCAUAGGUGAGUGGGCAUAUUUUGGCAAGCAAAAAUGAUUCAUCAAAUAUCUCAAGGAUGUGUUUUGUUUUACUAUUCUUAGCUCUCAUAAUCUUCACCCUGUCAUACUUCUUACUAUUUUCUGAUAAAAUAAAACCUUAAUAAAUUGGGUUUGA